AAUGCAGAUUAGGGAAUGUAGCAGGCUGCUGCAAAUAUUACCUGAAUCACUACAGCUUCAUACUCCCCCUUCAAAAAAAAAAAAAAAACUCCCUGCCUGGCUUCUAUUCGGACUUGCACUAAUCAGUUAUGAUUCCAGACAUUUCAUGUCAGAUGCUCUGCCUGCCCCGCCUUACGUUAUUCUUUUUUAUUAUUAUUUUAUUGGUUUUGAGUUCUUUCUGGUUAAUGGAGGAGUGUGUAGAGAGAAUGAAGUGCUCAAAAUCCACCAAGAAUUGGAAGAGCAUCCAUUGAAGAGACCAAGAAAUCAACAGUUGCAAACCCUGUUCAACUUCAAUCCAACAAUUACCCAAAUAACAUAAGCCUGGACACAAAUACAAAAGAUUAAAUUUUUAUAGUUAAAAGAGAAAACUAAACAUCUCUUCUCUUUCUUUCUUUCUUUUUGUAUGAAUUGAAUAAAUUACAAAGCUCACAUUCUAAUUUA